UACAGAACUAGAGAUGAAAAUAUUCUUAAAGAUUGUCAUAUUGUGGUAGAUGUUGGAGGCUGUUAUAAUCCUGAUAAACAUAGAUAUGAUCAUCAUCAAAGAUCAUUUAAUGAAAGUAUGAAUAGUCUAUGUGGUGAUAAACCUUGGGUUACUAAACUUAGCAGUGCUGGUCUUGUUUACUUUCAUUUUGGUCGUGAAAUUAUUGCAACAAUUACUAAAGAUGACUGUAAUAGUGAGAAGACUUCAGUUAUAUUUGAUCGGAUGUAUGAACAUUUUCUUGAAGAAAUUGAUGCUAUUGAUAAUGGUAUUUCAACUCAUGAUGAACCUGGAAGGUAUCUUAUAACAACAAAUUUGAGUUCAAGAGUGAAGCAUUUAAAUCCACCUUGGAACUGUGAAGAUCAAGAUACUGAUAAAAUUUUUCCUUCUGCAAUGGAAUUAGUUGGUUCAGAAUUUGUGGACAAAGUCUUAUUUUACAAUAAUGUUUGGUGGCCAGCUAGAGAAAUAGUUCAGAGUGCAAUUAAAAACAGAGAAGAGGUUGAUUCUAGUGGAGAAAUUAUUGAUUUAAAAAAUGGUGGUUGUCCUUGGAAAGAUCAUCUUCUAACUCUUGAAGAACAGCUUUCAAUAACUCCAUCAAUUAAAUUUGUUAUUUACACAGAUACAAAUGGAAUGUGGAGAGUUCAGUGUGUCCCAGUUAGUAUUGGAUCCUUUGAAAACAGAGUUUCAUUAAAAGAAGAAUGGCAGGGUCUUCGUGAUAAAGAACUUAGUCAAGUUAGUGGGAUUCCAAAUUGCAUUUUUGUUCAUGCUAAUGGAUUUAUUGGUGGAAAUAAAACACGAGAUGGUGUUAUUGAAAUGGCACGAAAGUCUCUACAAAUAACCAAUUGAAAGAUAGCAGGCUUACUUGAAAAUUAGCUUUGAUAUUUGGUUGAAAUGAAAAAAUACAAUAUGGACUUUUGAUAAUUGUGAGCCUUAAAUAACUGUUUUGAUGUUUUAAAACUACAAAAGGAAAUGGAAAUGCUUUUAUAAUGCUUAUACAGUAUAAUACGAAUGUGAUAUAUUUCUGUAAACUGAAAAUAUUUAUUUUAUAAAUAUUUUAUUAAAAA